AUGAAUUCAUCCAUAGUUGUACGUGCAUGGGGAACCGUACCAAAGGAAUAUUUCAGCCACAAGGACGAUAUCCAGAGCUCAAAGACAAGUUAUUCGAUUCCAAGUUGCGAAAAAGGAGGAGUAACCGUUAAAACGACAACUAUAUUGGAUAUACUGGAAGCCUGCAGCUCGACUACAUGCGUCUAUAUCAAAAGCUACGAAACCGACACUCUAAUACUAUUCCCAACGUCGAUAGUGAUCUUUGAAUACGAGGUUUUCAUCAAUGGCUGGAUCAAUGGUGAAAAAAUACUUUCGUCAACACUAACUUGCCCUGGACAGCCAAUCUGUGAAACACUUCAAUGCUAUAUCUGCUGGAAGAAGGUGUACAAUAUCCAAUGCUGGACAGCGCUCGAAAUAGCAGCAUCCCUGAUCCUCUUCGUAGCAUCAAUGCUACUCCUCCACUUAUGCACACCAAUCUUCAGGCUACUAUACUGGAUCGGAGGAAAACUAAUCCAUACACUCCAUUCUAUAUUACGAGCAGUUUUCUCCAAGUAUGCGAGGAUAACAGGAAGAACCCAAAGCUACCAAGUCGAAAGACCAUCAUACCGACUCAAGAAAAGGAUGAAGAAAAUACAAGGAAUAAUAGCAACAAUUGCCUGCCUCAUGACCACUGCUCAGUGCUGCUCCAAUAUAGUAACACUCCAAGGUGAGACAUCAUAUUGCACAAUGGAGAACAAUGAAGAAAGGUGCACAUACGAUCAAGUCACGCAAUUGCUACUCCAGCCGAUUGGACAGGAAGCAUGUCUCAUACUCAAAAACAAGAAAAAUCGAAUCAUGGGAACAGUAGCCAUCCGGCUUGAGCAGAUCUCUCACAUCUGCAGACAGAAGACAGAAUACUUCACAAGAGACCACAAGUUUUUUACAGAAUCCCGCCAUCAGUGCUAUAACACGGAAAGCUGCAAAGGAAACACCUGCUCAUCGCUCAAGCCAGAAAUGAAACUAAUUGAUUUCAGUACCAUCUCGAACUCGAAUCCUGGAUAUACGUACUGCGUACCCAGCUGCGGAUGCUUCUGGUGUAACUGGUGUUUCUACUGCACCUCAACAUGCCUCUUCUACAGAAACUACGCGAUACCCACCUCACCAACAAUAUACAGGGUAUUUUCAUGCCCCACCUGGAGCAUUCAAGCAGAAGGAAUCGCUACCUACACUACAGGAAUACCUCUCACAUGGAACAAAAUCCAGCUCACUCUCACAAGCACGAUUACACCAAGCUAUCCGAUACUCUCGAGCUAUUUUCUAACGGACAAUAACAUCACAACCCGAAUAGAACCAUCACCACAAGGACAUCUGCUAUUGAAUUCUCCCGGACAAGUGCAGUGCAAGACAAAAGAAGACGCAAAAUCAUUCAGAAACUGUCUCUUCUCAAGAAAUGCUUGUUCCUGCAGCCCCAGAAAAAGCCUAGUCGUAUGCACAUGCUCAAAUGGAACCGUAUCAUCAUUCCUACAAAACAAGCACAACAAACUUCCAAUAAUUACAACUAACAUAGCGAUAAUCAAUGAAGGUUCCACCGUCAAGGCAAAGACAACGAUUGGCUCCGCGCUCGCAGUCCAAAUAUCAGCAAACGGACUAGUCAUCGCCGCCAACAACAACAAUAACUCCUGCCAAGUGAAUAUGGAAGAACUAACAGGCUGUUACGAUUGCACGCAAGGAGCGAGGACAAAUGUCUCGUGUACAUCUUCGAUAAGUGAGGAAACCGCACAAAUUGAGUGCUCAAACAAUACCCAGCUCGUACGAUGCACUCCAGAAGGAAAAAUUUCUACCGUACGGUUUCACUUCAGCAGCUCAACCAUUGUGGAGAACUGCACAAUACGAUGCCCAGGAGGAAUUUCGACGGCCACUCUCAGAGGACGACUCGCUUUCGUAAACGAAGCAACCUACUUGACUGAGAUAAUUCCACCAGCCCUCAGUGAAUCACCUAAGGAUACUCUUAACUUCAAAACUAUAACUAACUUCAUUUCAAGUUUCAUUGAAAGGCUACCAAAUAUUUUAGACUUCUUCCCGAGCCUCAAGAUGACAUUUCUUUAUGCUCUUGGGUUUGUCCUAAUUCUUUGCUUGCUGAAAUUCUGUCAGAAACGAAAACACUUGACUUUCCAUUCACAGUUCCCCAGAAAAACUAUAAAAUCAAAAACUAGGUAA